CGGUACGUACUCCUCUUUUCCGCUCUGACCAUGCAGCAUCGCCGAAAUUAUUGGAUUAUUACUGGGUGUAUUUACUGUCUGCGCAGUCGUUUCCGUGUUAACGAUUUGAUUUUUUGCAAUAUUUGCAACAUAAAGGAUGGGGAUUAUGGCGCCGGAUUGAAUAAAAUAUUUAAUUAAUUUAUGCCAUGACUUUUUAAUCCCUCCUAAUGUUCUUAUUAUGCACUGCUAAAAUUCGCGUGCAGUAUCGGUGUACAGUUCUUGAGGAGCACUAUUUCCGAAAACCAUGACGAAAAGCCAGCGAAAAAUUAGCUCCAAUUCGAGCUUCUUAAAAGCUCUUGAAAGUGAUUUUCAUCGAUUUUGGGAUCGCCCACAAAAAUACAAUACUGGUGCAAAUCGCAGUUCAAGUAAUCCUACCGGGGCAACCGUGGUGGAAACCCUGGACGAAAUCCUGUAUGCUUACGAAGUAAGUGCAAAGCGAUACUCUUGCUGGUUCAGGGAAGCUUCGUUAUAUACUGUUGACCAAAAAAACGUUUACUCAAACGGAGGUGGACGCAGUUCAGCUGUUAAUUUUGCCUGGCAGAGUCCUGAUCCAGAAAAGAAUCUCUUCUCAGCUGGUCGCAAUACCGGGUUUGGACCGAAUGCCUACAAACGGACCUAUACGCUCUUCCCCAGACCCGGAUAUUACCAGCACAAAUGUUGCGGAUGUGGACCGCGUAUGGCGUUUUGCAUCUUCUUCUUUCUGAUCCUUAUUGCUAUUAUUGUGGCCCUGAUUUGCUAUUCGGUUUAUUCAAUGGGAUCCAAGAACGACUCCUCUGAUGUGGUUCAAUCGCCGAUUCCGUAUACCAUUCUCACAACUGAUUAUUCCACUACUCCACCGGAAGUCACACGCAGAGGAGCCCCAGCCGGUGGGAGAAAGGUCAAAGCUCCUCCGGAUAUUUCUAAUCAGCCAGCAUUCAGUUUUGAUAUUGACCCGAAAAUGACCCGCGCAACAGCGACGACCGCUCCUUACUCCGUAUUUCAACGUUAUCUGGCAACUGUUCCAGUGCUGCCGGUGGCUCCUUCCGACGGCUGUUAUCCUCACCGAUGCCACCGUAAUGCUGUUUGUUCGAACGGGACAUGCCGCUGUCGUGCCGGCUACGAGGGCGAUGGAAUUCGUGUUUGCGCUAACAUCGACGAGUGCGCUCGUUUCCGAGGAAUCUGUGGUUGCAAUGCUCUGUGUGUGGACACUCCCGGAAGUUAUAGUUGUUCCUGUAAACCAGGAUAUGAAAUGGUUAAUGGCUCUGCGGAGUGUACGGAUAUGGAUGAAUGCAAAUUUCGCAAACCGGUGUGCCCAGUGCUAGCCCAGUGUAUUAAUGUUUCCGGUGGGUAUCGGUGCGUUUGUUAUGAUGGGACCGAACCGAACGCUGAAGGAAAUGUCUGCUGGAAUGCCGUUGCUUGAUAUUUACAGUGUUUUUUGUUCCUGCUUUACUAUUGUAAGCAGUAGGUAUUGCAGUGUUGUUGCUUGCUUGUUUUCAACAAUUUCGAAAUAUGUGACAAUGUUUUUCUUUUUUAAAACUUUCGAUACCCGAGUGUUUGGCCAGAUCUCACUGUUGUAGCCAUUUGUCUAAAAUCAGUUUUUAUCACAAAGUUUUUACGAAUAAAACCUGAAUAAAGAAGACCG